AUGAAGGCUUAUAGUUGGCUGGAAGGCGGCGGCAGUGGCGGUGGCAGUGGCGGUUGCUAUAUUGGUUGCAGUUCGAAACUGGUUCGUCUCGUCGUCGUCAUCGUCGUCGUCAUCGUCGUCGUUCGUGUGUAUUUUUACGGGGCGCGUGGCGGUGGUGGUGAUGAUGGUUGGGUUGAUUGGAUUAAGAUCAAGCGACGACGACGACGACGACGACGAUAUCUCGGUCGCCGUAUCGUCGGCGGUUGCCCCCGUCCAUUGCUGAACAUGUUUCGGCUCGCCACAUCGUCGUCUCGGCGCCGCUCUGCGCGCUGCAGUCCGCACAUUGCACUGAAUACUGAGCCUCGUCGUGACCAUAUCGUCACUGCCAUGCGCUUGCCAACCCAUCGGUUGUUUGCCAGACCUGUAUACUUUAAAGCAAUAAGCCGAUAA